AUGGGGAAUACGGUAUCUAGCACAGAAGGAAGUAAGCGGCGGGGUGACGGGCGCGCAGGGACGCCGGCGGCUAGUGGCGCUAGCCAAUGGGAAACUGAUAGCACGGACAGAGGGCGCCAGCAAUCAAUCACAUCGCAGCUCUUCUCCGGAAGACACCACGCACGCAGCAAGUGGAAAUUCCAGGGCGCUGGCGACAGCGCAACGGGCUCGAGCGGGGGGAUUGCGUCGAUGUUCAAGUGCGACUACACGCUGAACGCAGACGCGCGCAGCAUCUCGAGCGAGCAGGGCGAGACGUGCCAGGGAAUGCCCAAUCUCGCGGGCCUGGUGCUCGACGCGUGCACGCAGGGCAUCCGGUCGCCCGGGCCGUCGACCGCGACAGUGGAGCACACGAACCUAGAGGCGUCGAUGUCUCCGGAGCUCGCAUCGCAGACGCACAGGCCGAGCAUCUCGGCCCUGAAACAGAGCCUGAUACAGGUGCAGGGGCAAACGAACAGCCGGCAUCGCGCAGAGGACAUCGACACCGCACAGUACGUGCCGUCUGCGACGAUUGACAUACCGUGCUCGAACCCAUCUACGAAUACGGCGUCAGUGACCCACCGAGCAGAUGAUUCAUCGACGCGCUCGUCGCUGCUUUCGCUAUUCACGCAGGACGUCGAAGAAUACAUCGAGGCCAGUGAGGUCGUUUUGAAUGAGUCCCUAGUGGACUCAGUGGUCCGGAAGGACCUGAGACGCAAGCGGCAGCUGCAGCAGCAGUGCGGCGCCACACGUGCGGCCGAGCAGGCAGCUGAGACGGCGAAACAGCCAGACGCAAAGAAAAAGAAACUCCCGUGCAGCGCGGCCGCUCUAUCUGCAACGGCCAGCGGCGUGGUACAAUCCGAGACGGAGGAGCAGCAUAGCGAUGCGGAGGCAGAGUUCGUUGAGGUGAUCAUCAAGUGGCGCGACUGCCUGUUGGACCCGCAGCGGACCAAACUGUCGAUCGUCAGCCCGGACAUCGCGUCGGUUAUACACAAAAACUCCAAACGGAAGGUGGCUAUGGUCUUCUCCAAGGACGAGCAAUGCUGGGUCGCGCCAGACCUCCGCCUUCCGCCGGGCAUCUACAAGCUGCAGUUUCUCAUCAACGGCGCAUUGAGGCACUCCAACUUCCUGCCCACCGCAACAGACUCGCACAGUAACAUUGUGAACUGGUUCGAAGUCGUGCCCUGGUAUGACCGAGCAGAGCCCUACCGGGAUCCCGCGCCAGAAGAAGUUGCCAUGCCGCCGGAGUCGCCACAGCUGACGGCGCCGGCGGCCGGGCGGCCGCCGCUUCUCAAGCGCGGCACGUCAUCGUCUAGCCGCGCACGAGUCGUAGAACGCUCCAACACACCCAUCUCGGACUACACCGGCAUCAGCCGCUCUGGUUCCGCGCGCCCCCUCCUUGCACACCACAAGUCCGCUAACAGCAUCGAACUCUCACCCAUUCCGCGCUGCGUGCUGCAGUACAGCACCGAGAUCCCCGAGCUAUUCAAGCCCGAGGGCUGUCCCCCCGACCCUAACACGGCGCCCGGGUCCUUCAACGAAAACAUCCAGGAUUGUAAUCAGGACGAGCUCUUCCGCUUUUUGCAGGAGGAUUGGAAGAUGUCUGCCCAGGAGGCCGAGGAGGUGCUCGUCGAGAAGUAUCCCGUCCCAGAUCUCCCCGUGUACCUCAACUCGAGCUACCUCAACGAGAUCUUCACCAAGUUGCAGCGCUCCAGUGUCACCGGCGACGUGAAGCGCAGCUCUUUCACCCACAUCAUCCCCCAUGUAAAUCUCAACCAUUUACUCACGAGCAGCAUCCGUGAUGAGAUAAUAAGCGUCGGUUGUACCACUCGCUACGAAGGCAAGUUUAUCACCCAGAUUAUGUAUGCGCCAUGUUACUAUGAAAGUAGCCGUAAGUAG